AUGCAAUGGUGUAGGUUUCCGCCCUUUGACGUCUGGCCUCCCCUUCGGGCAUCAGCGAUGCAGUCAAGCUCGUCGAAGCUGCUCGAGAAGCACAAGCAAGUGGUAGAUGACUGCCAGUCAAGCCAAGAGGCUCAAAGAGUCUUGCGAAGCCUGAUGCACGACUACUGGGCUGAAGCAAACAGGCCCAAGAGGGUGCAACCCCUCUGCAAGGACGGGCUGGUGGAGCUGUGCGUGUACGUCCUAGACACUUACCUGACGUCGAGCUUGGAUGACAUCCGGAGGUACACUUGCGGGGCCCUCUACAACAUCUCCCGGCAGCUUCCUUCCAGCAGAGUCGUGCGGCAGCGGAUGCUCAGCGCAGGCGCAUACCCGAUGCUGCCGAAGCUUCUGGUGAGCGACCUGUGGAAGGUGAGGUUCUACGGCACUCUCAUCACCGCUCACUGCGGGCUUGCGGGGCUGACGAGUCAGCAGCGAGUUGUGUGCUCGCUAGAGUCCAUCGGGUGGCUGUGCGAGUGUCUCGAGAAGACACUUGGUGGGGAAGGGUUCGGGGGAGGGCUUUGGAGCAUAGAGGAGGUGAUGGCAGGAGCAGCGUCUCUCUGCUCUCUCCCCGACAACUGCGAAGGUUUCCUCGCUGCGAAUGGGGCGAAACUGACGCUGGAGGCUCUGCGGGUAGUCACGGAGAGACAAGGGUCGGAGUACACGGACGAGCUGCGGGCUAUCACGAUGACGAUGGCUCGAAUCUCUUGCGACGGAAGGUUCAAGUCCAGCUGCUCCCCCUCGGCCGUUGAGAUCCUGGAGCAGCUGAUGAGCUCGGAGAUCGUGGCGGUCAAGAGCAAUGUAAUGUCAGUGCUCGCCAACAUCGGGUCGGAGAAGGCGAGCCUGGAGGAAGCGUUCAAGCAAGCAUGCGCGAGCUCUAGCGCCAAGUGGAACCGCUCGCAGCUGUCAGUGGUUGGGAAGGGGAGGGUCGGGAAGACAGCGUUUGUUCGCGCCGUCCUACAGAAGCCGUUCGAGCACACGGAGAGCACGAUUGGGAUGGAGGGGAUGACUUGCGAGGUGAGCUCGGUCCUGUCCGGGAAGAUGUGGUGGAAGGAGCAAUCAAAUGCUCACAGUGAGCUGGAGAUGCUGCAGGCUCGGCAGGCUGCGGCGAUCGCCAAGGGGAUUCAGAUGGUGGAGAGCGAUGUGCUGCAAGGUCUGGAGUCGUCCUUGGAGCGAGGACGAGUGGAGGGGGAGGAGGAGGGGGAGGAGGAGGAGACGACGGGGAGGGAGAAGGCAGGUGGGCCGGAAGGAGAGUCUACGGGAGGAGCGAGUGACGAGCCGUCGGUGGUGAGCGAGCCAGUAAUGAGCAAGUACAAUCAGGACCUCGUGGUGGAGUGUCUGCAGGAUGAGGGCAUGGAAGAAUCCGUAGUGUUCGAGCUGUGGGACUACGGCGGGCAGGACGUCUUCUACGCCCUCUUCCACCUGUUCAUCACUCGCUAUGGGAUGUUUGCGGUCCUCUUCAACAUGGAGGAGCUCAUGUCCGGGGACACGGCGGUCAGGGCAGAGUGCCUGGACUUUAUCGAGUUCUGGUUGAGCACUAUCUACCUCCACACGUCGCAGGCAUCGAGCGAAAGCUGCUCCCCUAUCCUGAUCGUCGGCACCCACAAGGACAAAGUCUCCAACCCCCUCCACCAUCUCUUCAUCUCGAGGAUACUCGACGACAAGUUCAGGGACCACAUUGCCUGGCCGCACGUCCAGGUGUACCAGCAGAAUGACAGCCUCUUUGCCCCGUCCAUUGCGGAGGAUACUGAGCUGUUGAUGAAGAAGCUGUUUCACUCGAUGGACCUUGACCAGUCCUCCACCCUCGAGCCGUCCGAGGUGGAAGCUUGCUUCGGGGCGGAUGCGGACCCUUCCCUUGUCCAGCAGUUCUUCAGCUUCAUCGACCUUGACAGGGACGGAAAGAUCUCCUUCACCGACUUCCGCGCGGCAUGUACGCAGGCGCUGAGCUUCUUUCCUGUCGACAACACCCUGGGCCACGUCGAUCCUGUCAUCCCCCACAUCCUCAGCGUCAUUGAGAAGAUCGCUCUUAACAGCGACUACAUCCAGCAGCGCGUUCCCUUCGCCUGGAUCAAGUGCCUCGACAGCAUCAAGCAGACAGGGCAGGACGUUCUUCUCCUCUCGCAGGUCGAGAAGAUUGCCUCAGAGUGCGGCCUCCCGCUGUCAAGGAAGCUCGGCCUCUCGAGGGAGGUCUGCGGGAUGUUGGAGCACUUCCACCACCUCGGCAAGCUGAUGCACCACAACGAGACCUCCCUCCGUGACUUCGUCAUCGCCCGCCCCGUCGACUUCCUCAUCCGCCCCGCAACACAGGUCGUCUGCGAGCACGAUCUGCACAGGACGGCGCAGCAGACGGAGGCUCGUCGUCUGACGCGGGAGUGGAAGAGCCUGACGCAGCAGGCAGUGCUGAGCAAAAAGCUCCUCCCCAUCCUCUGGAAGGAGUAUCAGGACCGCUCCGCCCUCCUCGAGCAUCUCUGCGUCAAGUUCGGCAUCUUCAUCCCCCUCAAGCCGGAGCAGUCGGACGAGGCCAUGAGCUUCCUCGUCCCCACCCUCCUCAGAGAAGAGACUCUCAGCCCGGUGGCCGACGGAGUGCUCAAUUGCUUUCUGCUCUUCUCCUCCGACCCAGACUUUCUUCAGCAGGAACAGCGGGGCGUGUGGAGGAGGGAAGACCUUGCCGGCCGCUUCGUGCCCAACAGUCUGUUCGGCAGCGUGAUCGGGCAGGCGAUCGCAUGGAGCCAGAGCACGGGAGGAGCCCAGCAGAAGCUGAGCAAGACGGAGGCGAUGAUGGCGUUUGGAAAGCAUAAGUUCCUGCUGCAGGAGCUCAAGGAGGAGAAGUGCUUCCGGCUCGUCAUCUUCGUGCAGAACCCCAAGAACAUCCUCGCCCGCCUCACCAGCAUCGUGCAGAACGUCCUGGACAAGACGAUGCCGCGGCUGCGGUGCUACACGGCCCUCUCCUUCGCGUCCGGAGGAGGCGACCGCUUCUUCCUCGACUACCAGGUGGUCUGCGACAAGGUGAGAGAGCAGGAGGGCAUGUGGAUCGGGUCGGACCAUGUGGAGUGGACGGAGCUGAGGAAGGAGCUGGGGGAGUGGCUGCCCUCCAACGCGCUGCUCUCCUCCUACGACGUCUUCUUCUCCUACAGACAGGGAGACUUCGACUCGGAGGUGGUCCAGAAGGUCUACGACAUCCUGUCCUACGAUGUGGUCGGGGAGGAGGGGAGGAGGCUGGAGAUCUUCUAUGACCAGGUCAGGCUCAAGGCAGGAAGGCGCUUCGACCUCGACUUCAUGAAGGCCAUGGCGUGCACCAGCCUUGCCGUCCCGCUCGUCUCCUCCCACGCCCUUGCCCGCAUGUUCUCGCUGAACGAGGGCAGCGCCGAGGACCACGUCCUCAUGGAAUGGUGCCUCAUACUCGAGCUCCAGCUCUCGGGCCAGCUCAGGUCCUGCUUGCCCGUCAUCAUCGGGCCCGUCAGCUCGGACCUUGACAGAGACCCGAUCGGCAACUUCUUCGCUGACGACCCUCUCGCCCGCCUCCCCGACAUCGUCCCUCGGAGGACAGUAGAGGAGGUCAAGAAGUUCAUGUCCAACAACAACCUGGUGCCCUCGGCCCAGCUGGAGGAGAGGACGGUCAGGAGCAUCGUGAAGGAGCUGACGAAGAACCUCGCCGUGCUCACCUGGACCCUUGCUGACAGUCACGGCCAGUCAGUCCUCCCCAGGUCGGACACCCAUGCUCGAGAGCUUUUUGGCCUGUUCGAGCAGGUCGCCAAAAGCGUCAUCAAGGCCUACGAGGCCAUUCCUGUUCAACCCCAGGUGGGCAAGACCGGGGGGGACAGAGGCUUGCCGGCGCUGGAGGUAGACGAGGGUUCCACCCCAGGUGACACCAGGCUGAAAGCGAAGGAGCCGUCGGUACAGGAGUUGAUGGAGGAGAUUAAUCGGCUGAAGGCCAACCAAGUCCAGCAGGCCCAGAGCGGAUGCUGCUCUUUGAUGUGA